CAAUCAAUAACGACGCAACCCUUAUGCGUCGAAGCCGGCGCAGCGGAUUCGGCCGACGAGACGCGUCGUCGUCGUCGUCCGUUCACCGCCUACGCCGCGCCGCUACCGAAAUUUAAACGACCGACGCGAGCGCCGCCGUCUCCAGUCCACCAACGCAACCACCCUCCACACCACCACUCAUCGAGCCGUACCACUGCUACCACUCGCGAAAACCCGCAAAACGCGUGCCACCGCGCCCCGAGAUUACGUAUUUUUGUUGUUUCGCUGGACGCGGAUGAACGCCGACCGAGCGCGCGCCGCAGCCGUACAUCGAUCCGUACACGUGCGUGGGCGAUACGGCGCUAAACACAUCCCCCGCCGCCCACGAGACGCGUCUCUCGAUCGGCGAUUGUGCGAUCGCCGUCGCUGCUCGCUGCACACACUCCCGACGACAGACGUGUAUACAUCGCGGUCGCAGCACCGUUUACCGGCCACUGUACAGCAACCGCCCGUGAGUGGUACCGUGUGAGUAAUAAUAACGACGUGACGAAAUACCACCUACCUACGCGUAAAGUAUAAAAAUCGGAAUAAACUGCGUGUGUCGAUCGUGUGACGAUCGGUUUAAAAUAUUGUAUUAAACCCCGUCGCGCAUCGCCGUGUAUUGUAACAAUAUUGUCGUCACAAUAUUACAAUAUUAUCGUAUCCUAUCAGUGCCGCGGGUGCCGGUGCCAACGGUUGUCUGGUCGGCGGUGACCGACAUGGACCGCCGCGCCGAACCACCGACCACAUCGGGCGCGACGCGGUCCUGCUGCUGCUGCUGCCCGACGACGGGACGGACCUGCUGGUCGUCAACACGCGCUGCGGCCGCGCGAACACGUCCCGCCGCUAGUACGUGAGAUCGCUACUGCUGCUGCUGCAGGGCUCCGUCCGCGGCGGCGACGGUGACGACGGUGACGACGACGACGACGUCGUCGUCGACCACUGUGCAGCGAAGGUGCAGGCGGCGGAUGAGGCGACGUGGUGAUCGCCGGUGGUGGCUUGUACCGUCACAGCAGCAGGUCGUCUCUCGACACCGGUUUACGUGAUAAUUAUGGUCGUGGCCGCAACCAUGGCCAGCAUGGAUGACCACGAGCGGAAGAUUGUCGUCGAGUUCUGUCAACUGCUCGAACAGUCCAAGCAGCUAUUCAACGGGCUCCGAGACCUUCCACAAUGCGGUCAGAAAAUCUGGCAAGGGUAUUUCGGCAAGACUUUCGACGUUUAUACAAAACUUUGGAAGUUUCAGCAGCAACAUAGACAAGUGUUGGAUACAAAGUAUGGCUUAAAGCGAUGGCAAAUAGGUGAAAUAGCCUCGAAAAUAGGUCAACUGUAUUAUCAUUACUACCUUAGAACCAGCGAUACGAACAAUUUGAACGAAGCGUAUUCUUUCUAUUCGGCGAUAAGAGGAAGACAAUACUAUUCUCGAGUAUCUCAGGAAGAUAGGUCUGAUCUAAUGGUGAAGAAACUGAGGUACUAUGCUAGGUUUAUCGUGGUGUGUCUGUUGCUAAGAAGAGUGGGAGCCAUUCGCGAAUUAUUGGCUGAGCUCGACAAGCAAAUCGUAGACUAUACGAGUACGUACGAACCGGACGACCAGUUGGAAUGGUCUUUGGUGUUGGAAGAAAUCAAGACAUUCGUAAAAGCCGACAGCAUUGUAAACGUUUUACACGCUGACCAGAGCAGUGUCAUACUUUCACACAGGUUAACACCGCUGACUACGCCACCGGUGGAAAAAUCCACGAUGAUGAAUCUCUCGUUGCAAGAAAUCAUACUCAUAGGAAACGCGUCAGAACAGGUCAAGUUCAGCGAAAUGACGAUAGACAUGUUCCGAAUGAUGCAGACGCUAGAAAGGGAAAAAAACCGAGACGAAGUUAAUCACGUAUCUGAUCCUCCUUCAAGAGCAUCAUUUGAAAAAAGUUACUCGAUAACCAGUAAUAAAACCUUAGCGUACCCAAUGAUGGCAAAUCACGACGUGAAUAGUUCAAGAAGAGAAAAUCCUCACAAAUAUAUACUUUAUAAGCCAACUAUUACUCAAAUAAUGAUGUUUUUAGCCACAGGGUUUAAAGAGCUCCCUGCAAAUGGCGUGCUACUCAUGUACGUUUCGGCAGAUGGAUGCUUUCAAACCUCGAAACACGUAAAUGAUUUGGGUUACGAUUGUGGAGGAGUCAUGGCAAGUAGCAAACGAGAAAUGGAACUGACCAAUAAAAAAGGUGUACAUGUAAAAGAAAUCCACUGCUUAUAUCCAGGAGAUCUUUACCCGUUCACUAGAAAACCAUUGUUCGUUAUUAUUGAUUCCGAUAAUAGUUUUGCCUUUCAAUACAUACCGAGGUAUUUCGGCCAUCCGUUCGUCGUGCUCAUGUCUCCCCAGGAGUUGCCGGAUAAACUUCACGAACAACUACAGCAUAACGGAAGUUUGUUCACGUUGUUCUUGCAUAGCCCUUUGACUGCAUUCUGUCUCAUAUGUAAUAUCCUAACGGUUAAAAUGCAUUUAUGGGAGAGGGCCAAUUCGUACGUAGAUAGGUUCAUCACGGAAGCUAGCCGUCUGUUUACCAGCAAAGUGAAACCAGACGUGUCUUACAUACAGUUCUUCGGUGACGACUUUUUACGGUUAUUAUUAUUGCGGUACGUCUUUUGCCACGUUGUACUUCGUCAUCAUCGAGCAUUCGUUGGAGAACAGUAUCUUCCGCGGUGUCAACCGCCAUUGCCUUUGGCCAGUUUUUUAGACGAGAUAUCUCUGAAGAAAUACGUAAGAGAGUUGGCCAAACACUUGGACGUUUUGUCACAUUUCGAAAACUUCGAAUGAUCCCAACGACCCACUAUUAUUAUUAUAUUGCUCGGCGGUCGUCAACUUCUUCCAGUAUAAAAAUAAUAAUUAUUAUUAUUAUUGUUGUUAUUUUAUUAUAAUACGUCAUAGUAUGUAGUAUACCAUAUUAUUAUAUAAUAUUAUGUUUCUAUAAAUAUUGUACAAAGUCGUGAAAUCCGCGUGUGACCUAUAAUACCUGCAUAUUGUGUGAAAAUUGUUCGGAUAUAUGAUGUAAGUCAACGAUAUUUAAAUCUGUUUAAAAAUCUUGAUUUCGACCAAACGUACGUAAAAUGUGGUGAUUCAAUAUUCGUCUAGUUUAUAGAUGUUUAUCCCACAUAUAUUAAUUGUUUUGUUUCCAAUAACCGGAGUUCGAUAUUUUGUUCAACAUAUUAGGUAUAUACGUUCAGUUAAAUAGUAGUAUCUAGAUAAAUUAAUAUAAUAUACAUAUGUAUAUUUAUACGAUUUAUGUUCAUGUAUAAAUAUAUGUAUAUAUAUAUAUAUUAUAUUAAAAAAUAAAAUAUCUAAGAUAUAAUAUAUAUAUUUAUACAAUAUAUGUUUAUAUGUAUACAGGGUGUUUUGCCAAAGAUUGGCCACACUGCUUUUUUCUUUAAUGAUAAACUUAUUCAAAAUCUGAAUUUUUGAAUCUUCGAAUAUACUUAAAGACUAUAUUUUUUAAUACUUUAUACUGUGUUUGCAUCAUUUAAGGAGUAGCAUGUGUCAGUAUCAUCAAACUUCGGUUUUUUAAAUGGGAACCAUAGUUUUCAAAGGGUGAACCUUAAUUUACUUUAAAUUAUUCAGCAGAUAUUUUUUUGAGAAUUGUUAUGUAUAAAAAUAAAAUUUGCACAAGUAUAGAUUCCGAGCUAUUAAACAUUUAGUUUAUAGGUGCUAAGGAUAAUAGGUUUGGAAAAUAUGAAGGCUAUGGUGAUUUUAAAAUUAUAGUUAUAUUAAUACUAAUCUAACAACAUUUUAAUUUUUUUUUAAACAGUCUUAGUAUAGUAAACACUAAUUUCAACAUGACAUCUAUUUUGUAUUUUUGUAAAACCAUUAAUUUUAAGGACUAUGUUAUCCCUAGAUUAUCCAUUUUAAUAAUCAGAAACUACUCGUCUGAUUUUUAAUUUAGAUACCUACAUCAAAAUUAUCAACAAAAAAAUGGUCUAUUCAAUAGUUUAAUGUAAAACAAGGGUUCUCGUUGAAAAAAAAAACAGAAGUUUUAAUUUCCACAGAAUACUUCUUAUCUAAGUGGUACAAAAAUCUGAAGUAGGUAUUCAAAGAAUAUAAAUACGGUCUUUCAAAAAAAUUCAAAAAUCAGAUGAAUAACUGCAUUAUGUAUUAUUUAAAAAAGAAAGGGGUGGACAUGCUUGGCGAAUCACACUGUAUAUUAUAUUAUGUUACAUAAAUAAUAUAUGAUUAUUAUUUUCUUUGUUUAGGCCCUAAUGGCUUAUUUAUUUGUUCAUAUAAUCUGUUAAAAACUAUUUAACUCCAUCGUAAUAUAUUUGAAACUUAAUAAUGUGUUAUGGUUUAAUCAAAAUACGUUCGAUCGAAAGUACAAUAAACGUAUAUAAGCGCUAAGGAAGCCUAUAAUGUUUAUAUGCGUCAAUAAAAGUACCAAACUACAAUGUUA